AUGGCGAAAACAAAGUUCACAAAGAAGCCGGUUCAGAGUGAAGGAUGUGGUUCAGAGUGGAGAUGUGGAAGCGUCAAGGGAAGAAAGCGUGAGGGAAGAAGAAGAUGGACUAUAGUGGAAGAGAAAGGGAGGCCCAAAGGUGUCGGUCCGAAAUGGCCGGAGACUGCUGGCCAGGACAUGGAUGACUCGAUGAUCCCAGACCUUAUGGGGUCCAAGAGCGCAUCCGGAACCGGCGAUGAGUUCCUCGCCUCCCUGAAACUCAAGAAGCAUCCUCAGGGAGCAGCUGCUGAGCUCAAGAGAGAUGGGAUCGGCUACAUCACCUUCACGCUACUGGGACAAGAGUAUCUGCUCAGCAUGAAGGAGCUUGAGACCAUCUACAACCUUGAGGAGGAUCGAGAUUUCCAGCAACAAGAGUGGCUGCAUCAAGAACCCGGCGAUACGCUAUGCCCACAAGGUGAUCGCCAAUACCCUUUUGCUAGACAUGACUGCUCAAACGUCACGACGCAAGAGCUCGAGCUACUUGAUGAAGGGAUAAUCCAGAAGCUCAAACUCUGGAUGAUGGAACCGAGAUGA